AUGUCGCGCAGGCGCUCCCCCUGUGCUGUCCUCGGCCCGUUGUCUUGCCUCUCGGUUGCCAUUCAAAAGUCGAGGGUGGCCACCACCAACAAUAUACUCGGAACAAUGGCUCCUCACUUGCGUUCAAGCUCUCGAGCUACCUCAAACAAUUCUCGCCCUUCUACACCAACGGCCACUCUCCCGUCAACAGAAUUUACCUUCGGCGAUUCCAGCAGACCGCGCAAACAGCGCCGAACUGGCCGCAACUCUCGCGUUGGUGUGGAAAGCCUGGACGAUUCUCGCGAGGCCACUACGGAACCGCAGCCUCUAUCUAUUUCUGAUAUUCCGCGCCUUCUUCUGGAGAAGAAUGAGCAGGCUAAUCAGCGACGAGCUUCCGGAAGGAUAUCUAUCGACCAGUUGAUCGCCAGCUCCGACUGGAAUGAACCCGCUCUAAGGGAGGCCCAACCGAGUUAUAAGGACUACACUUGGUCCAAUGCCUGGUAUGGCCAGAAUGUUGCUUUGUCGACUAUGCGGCCUUUAGGUCAGCUGCCUUCGGCCGCGGACAAACGGAAGGCUGGACUUAAAACGCCCAAACCAAUCAAGGAGGCCAAAGAAAACAACAACAAUAUUAAUAAGAAAGUGCCCAAAAAGGGAGCCAGCCAAGACAAUUCUACCUCUGCAAAUGGUCUUCCGUCAAACGUUUCUUCUGAUCCAGCUUCUCUCCCGAGUUUCACUUCAUCCGAAUACGAUGUUGACAAGAUCCGCUCGGUGGUGCAAACCGCCAUUCGCGUUGCUGACGAGGCUGGCAACCGUGCCGUAUCCCAAGGGCUUCGCCGCCUUUGGGACCAGGGCGCCACCGAUUCUUUUGUGCUUUCCGUGCUUGACAGCGUAAUGAGGAAGAAUCCCGACGCGGAACAAAAGGCCGCCUUCAAGACGGUCAUGCGCCAUUCAUACAAACAGAUAUUGUCUUCCGCUGAAAAUGUAGAGGCGGAGCCUAUCAGUCGGUCCCUUUCUACAACCAGUACUAGUUCUCUGUCGUCUACAAAAUCGGCCAAUCUUCGAUCUGGCAAAGUCACGGUGCCUGGAACUGAAACUGGAAUGGGCGCUGUGACCAGGGGUCGAAAGAGAGCCCGAGACUCGGAAGUACUGCCCGCUGCAGUUUCAAACGUAGAUGAUGUCUCUGGGCAGAAACGACAUAUUGAUGAAGUCUACGAUGAAGAAGAGGAAGAGGAUGUAGCAUCCGUCGCCAAACGCACGCGCCGUGACAAUUUCCCCGCCAUCACCAAACAAAGUCAAAUCCGCUCUUCGUUGAGUAGAGACAGUCCCGUCGGAUCAACGGCUUAUAGAACCAGGAACAGAGUCUCCAAGUCAGGAAUUGAGCAAGCCUCUGGCGAGGCUGCUGCUUCCUCACAAGAUGAGUCGCUUGAUAACAAUGACUACUGUCGACAAUGUCAGCGAAGCGGCUCGCUUCUUUGCUGCGACGGAUGCGUCAACUCGUAUCAUUUCUCGUGUCUUGAACCUCCUCUUGAUCCUGCCCAUCUUCCUGAGGGACAAUGGUUUUGCCCAUCGUGCCAAAUGCGCAAUUCGUUUGGCUCUCUUGUCAAGAACAUUGCUGAAGGAGAACAGGAUUUCCAGUUGCCAGUCCAUAUACGAGAGUACUAUCAGGGCGUGCAAACUGGAAAGGGGGGCGUCUAUCAACAGGUCGUGGCCAACUUGAGAAGUGGAACUCACGGCAGGGGUAGACGGGAAGGCAAGGCCGAGCAAGAAUAUUUGACUCGAUUGUUCGAUGCCAAGGGCAAGCUUAUUGUUUGUAUUGCCUGUGGCUUAACGUCAAACGGUACUCGCCCGAUGAUUCAGUGCGACUUUUGUCCAUGCUGGUGGCACAUUGACUGCACUGACCCGCCUUUGCCGGGUGCGCCGAGACAGCAAUAUCCCAGUGACAAGACAUACCAUAAUUGGAUGUGUCCUAAUCACAUUGAUCAUGAACUCUAUGUUGUUAAUACUGAGAAUGGUGCUUACACUGGCAAGUCUCGCAUUCGGCGGCCCAGACACCCCCGUGUUAUUGAUAUCGAUGUCUUACCGGAAGAUGACGAAGUCGAAGAGUUGCAAGAGACGGAAUCACAGGGGAUUGUUUACCGGGUUUCUGAGAAUGGCUUAAAGCUGAACUUCCUUGAACGCGUUAAACGGGAGAAUCUAGAAGCCAGGAUCCAUGCCUCUGGUGCAGCUCAGUACAGAGAUUACGCCUGCCGAAAGCUAGACGACCUGGUCGAACGAGCAACAGCUUUUUACGAAAAAUCGGCGCCAGAACCUUCACCCAACACUGAAGCACAGAGUUCAAUUUUGACUUCUCGCUCACCCGCAGACCGAGAGGCUAUUGCCAAUCUCGUCGCCUUUGCAACCGAGAAUCGUGAUGCCCAAGACGUCCCAUCCGAUAAGAUCAACUAUCUCAUCGAUGCAUUACUUGCAGGCUCUCCAGAUGGUGCUCCGCAUGCUUCUACUGAGCUCGAAUCUCUUGAAGCAUUGAAAGAAUUGAUUAAUCGCCGCAUUGGAACACUGCAAAGCUCCAAAUGA